AUGUCAUCAGGGUUUCUCCACCAAAGAACACUCCACAACCCUUUCUCAACUCAAUUCUACACUUCACCUUCAUCUUCAGCGAAUUCCAAGAAACCCCUUUCAAUUCUAAGUCCCACAGUUCUCCUUCCCCUAUUAACUCUCAUUGUGGUGCUGGGUAUUUUCUCUCCAUGGUUAGGAGUGCCUCAAAAUCUCUUCUUUACUUCAAACCCUGAAAUUUCUAAAUGGGGUCACUAUACAUUGGAUCAAGCACUCACCUUUGUGGCUAAAAAUGGGACUGUCAUUGUUUGUAUUGUUAGCCAACCUUAUUUGCCUUUUCUCAAUAACUGGUUGAUAAGUGUUGCUAUGCAGAAGCGGCAUGAUAUGGUUCUUGUUAUUGCUGAGGAUUAUCAUUCGCUUUAUAAGGUUAAUGAACUUUGGCCUGGUCAUGCUGUUCUUAUUCCUCCUGUGCUUGAUGUUGAAGCUUCUCACAAGUUUGGUUCUAUGGGUUUCUUCAACUUUACAGCCAGGAGGCCAAGCCAUCUGCUGAAGAUUUUGGAGCUUGGAUAUAGCGUAAUGUACAAUGAUGUCGACAUGGUUUGGUUAGCUGAUCCUUUUCCUUAUCUGCAAGGGAGCCAUGAUGUGUACUUUACAGAUGAUAUGACUGCGAUCAAACCAUUGAACCAUUCUCACGAUUUACCACCACCGGGAAAAAAGGGGCGGCCUUAUAUAUGUAGUUGCAUGAUUUUCCUUCGCCCUACGGAUGGAGCAAAGCUAAUUUUGAAAAAGUGGUUAGAGGAACUUCAGAUGGAGCCAUGGUCUAGAACCAAGAAAUCUAAUGAUCAACCUGCUUUUAACUGGGCUUUAAUGAAGAAUGCUAAAGAGGCUGAUUUGUACCUGCUUCCACAAGAAGCAUUCCCUACAGGCGGUUUAUAUUUCAAGAACAAAACAUGGGUUAAGGAAACUAAAGGAAGACAUGUUAUAAUUCACAACAAUUAUAUAGUUGGUUUUGAGAAGAAGAUAAAACGAUUUCGUGACUAUGGUUUCUGGUUGGUGGAUGACCAUAAACAAGAGUCACCUCUAGGUGGAUUAUGA